AAUAAAGCUGUGUGUACACUUAUGUGACGGGUGUGUGACGCAGGGCCUAGUCAGCCCGCUCCCUCUGUCACCCCCGGGAUCGGACAUGGUCUGCUCCGGAGCGGCAGCCAGUGACGAGCUUCCAGUGAACAUGGCGUCCGGUUGCUUAGCGCUGCUGUAAAUCCGGUGUCAUAAUACUGCGGCCGCCGAGUGAGAGCGACAUGUCCGACUCUGAGGAGGAGAGCCAGGACCGGCAGCUGAAGAUCGUCAUCAUAGGGGAUGGCGCGUGUGGGAAGACCUCGCUGGCCAUGCGCUUUGCCCAGGAAUCAUUCGGGAAGCAGUACAAACAAACAGUGGGGCUGGACUUCUUUCUGAAGAGGAUCAUGUUGCCAGGAAAUUUAAAUGUUACUCUUCAAGUGUGGGACAUUGGAGGACAAACGAUAGGAGGCAAAAUGCUGGAUAAAUAUAUUUAUGGAACCCAGGGAGUCCUCUUGGUCUAUGAUAUCACCAACUAUCAGAGCUUUGAGAAUCUAGAAGACUGGUUUUCCAUGGUAAAGAAAGUGAAUGAAGAGUCAGAAACACCGCCGUUUGUAGCGCUUGUAGGCAAUAAAAUUGACUUGGAGCACAUGCGAACAGUAAAAGCAGAUAAACACCAGAGAUUUUGCCAAGAAAAUGGACUUGGAAGUUUUUUCGUGUCUGCCAAGACUGGAGAUUCUGUUUUCCUAUGCUUUCAGAGAGUCGCUGCAGAAAUCCUUGGAAUCAAGUUAAACAAGGCAGAAAUGGAACAAUCUCAGCGAAUUGUAAAGGCAGAAAUAGUGAACUAUCCCGAGGACGAUAAACAGCUGAACUCGGCACGCUCUCAGAGCAAAGUCUGCUCAUUGCAGUAGAUGGAGAGAGUAGUAAAGGCUGACAUUGUGAACUACAGUCAAGAGCCCGUCACCAGAAUGGUAAACCCUCCUCGAAGUUCCAUGUGUGACAUUCAGUGAGAGUACCAUUGACUGAAGAAAUGAUUCCUACCAUCGCACAGCCCAGUGGUUCUCCACGAACUUCACGACAAUCUUGAUGCAGUGCAUUUAGAGGUCUCAAAAACCUACUACAAUAUUUUUGUUUUAUGAACAGCAGGUUGGCCAGUGUCCAAGGCCUGGGGACCACACACUAGAAAGUCUAAAUUAGAUUGAGCGGACGCAUGAAGACAACUCCAAUCUAGAGAGACCUGGAAAGUGUGCAGGUAUCCAAAGCGUUGACUGACAGAUACAAUAUGCAUAUAGUGAAAUAUUUAAAGAGCAACACUCAUUGAUUUAUGAGGUCAAUGUGAGAAUAAAAUAAAAAAAUAUGUUACGGGCGCUGUUUUUCAUUCUGAAUUCCACUCCUUUCCCAGUUGACUAGAGAUUUUUUCAUUAUUUUGAUCCUAAGGUGGGUUGUUUGCUCUUAAGCUUGUUCUCGCCCCCUGCCGAAUAAUCUAGGAGUGGGGCAGAUAACUCACUCUGCUCCUGGAGCCCCUUCUAUAGUGGUGUAGGCCCUCUUGGGUGCCACCAUUUUUUUGCUCCACAUAUAGGGUUAUUCUGUAAGAUAAUGACUCAAUAAAGGACCAUCUGAUGGAGUACGCCACAUUUUUCCAUAUACAGUACAUUUAUUUCAGUAGAGUCCUUUACACCUCUGUGGGCGCUGUAUAUUGGCAGCCUAUUACUGUGCUGUAAUAUGGCAUAUGUAGUAGGCUUUAAAAGCACAUGCAGUCCCUGUAACUACCUCCUCUAGAAGUGAUCACCACCAAUUUCUGUGCCCCUGUAUGAAAUUGGAACUUAUACAGAGGUACUGCUGAGCGCCAUAGAUCUGUGGGUGCCCUAUUAUGUCUCCUUGCAACUCUUCUAUUGAUCCUUGACCCAGGGAGACUCUUCAUGAUAUAUACAUUGUUCUAUAAUGAUAUACUGCAAACUGAAUGUAAGAAAUUUAUCGGGAAAGUAGGUGAUGGAUUUCUCCAGGUAUGGCCCAUUUCUAAACCACUGAUAAAAUAUGUAAUGUGCUUCUGUCCUGAAUGUACACCAUGUAUUUCUAUUCAUUCUUGGAAAACAUUAUUCCUCAAAGAUUUUCAUUUUACCCCGGAAAUUAAAAAAUGUAAGGAAGCAAAUAAAUAAAACAAGAAUUAGAUUUUUUUAGUAUUAGGUGCUUGAAAAGCUCUGUGUUAUCUGAUAAUUUUGUUUUUCUACAGUAUAUCCAAUUUUGUGUAUUCUCAUUUAAUUUAAUCCUUAAAGGGGUUGUCCAGCUUUAUAUAGCUGCUUUUAAAAUUUGGCAGUACCGCACUGUCACAAAACAAAAUAAUACAUUCGCCUGCUCCCCACCGAUCUGCACUAUUCCUGGUCCCCGGCCUUUAAAUUUCCAGACGGGGACACUUGCGCCGCUGAAGCCAAUGACUAGCCUCAGCCAUGAGGUGUUGUCGAGCUACACCUGACCCAGCAGUGACAUGCUGCUUGGGGCCAUCUGGAAGUUCACAGGCCAGGGACCAGAAGAAGCGCUAAUCAGGCUCUCAGCACUGGAGCAGGUGAGUGUAAUUUUUUUUGUUUUAUUACAGCGCAGUAAUGGCCAAAUUUAAAAAGCGUUAUAAAGGUGAACAACCCCUUUAAAGGGAUUUUUUCAGAAUUUUAUGCAACAUUCCAAAAUAAUUGUACAACUGUCUUAUUAUUGCAGCUAUGUAUGCAUUCCAGGUUGGAUUGGUGAGAGAGAUAUAUAUAUAUAUUUAUAUAUAUACCAGAAAAAGAAUUCGGCGGCACCAGUCUGCUGGCUCAGGUGCUGUGUCCAAAGGAAUGAGCUUCAACCUUCUUAUAUAUAUGUAGAAAACGGGACAGCACUCCAAGACUUGAAAAGGAUUUGCAACGUUUCAGCU